CACGCUGUGAUUCGAUUUGUUUACCAUCGCUUUUAUUGCAGUUAAUGCAUUAAAAUAUUUCACAUCGCUUUCUGUUCUGGGUUCCUGAGUUUGUUUUUCUGUUUUGUUUAUAUUUUUCUAUCAGACAAAGCGUGUGAAUUCUGACUGUUUGACAUUGACAUGUCCAUAUGUAAGUAAUGAAUGAGAAACAUCAUCACUGGUAGAAUCCCUGGGAAUCUUAUGAAGCUGAGCUGAUGUCUGCCUUUGGGUUGUGUUUCAGUUUGGGUCCCUCAAUUAAAAUGACACCAGGGCUGGCAAGAGUGUACAGCACAUGGUUAAGCCAAAAGGUCAACCAGAGUGAUCUCAGAACUGCUUCAUUAGCCUGGACAAAGUGGUUUGGGACAGGUCCAAAAAGUCCAGAUGAAGAUGAUGAUGGUUCUGGAGCAUCAGUGCCAUCUGGUCUAACGGUUUCUCCAUUCUCAAGGGAAAUGUCUCGAUUUAGGAGGAGACCCUUGUCACCUUUAGAGAGGGUGAGUCAAAUGUUACCCCAAGAAUCGUUAAACGAGGAGGUCUGGGAACUCAGAGGGAAUAAACCGAGUGAAGAGAAUGAAAAUACGGAAACGCAGACUCCAAAGAAGUUCAUAGAAGAUCUUGAUCUUGAGAAUCGAAGCAAGGAAGAAAGGCUUUUACCUGGAGAGCGUGUGAUGCGUUUUGGAGAAGUCCUGCUCGCUGAGUACCACCGUAAACAAAGGCUGGAGUUCCAGAAAAUGUUCCAGCUGGAGAAAGGAUCGAGGCUGGGAAGCAACAGUGGGUUUAUUGCUCACGAUGCCAUCCAGGGCUGCCAUGCUGGGACAGUUUUACGCACCAGCCUGGGGCUCCCUAUGCUCAUCCGCAGACCCAGUCUCGAAGAGUUCACGCUGUUUAUGAAACGAGGUCCUGCUAUUGCUUAUCCAAAAGACGCCAGUGCCAUGCUGAUGAUGAUGGACGUGAACAAGGGAGACUGUGUACUGGAGGCGGGGUCUGGAUCCGGAGCUAUGAGUCUCUUCCUGUCCCGAGCAGUCGGCUCGAGCGGAAACGUGCUGAGUGUUGAACUCCGAGCGGACCACCACAGACGGGCCGUGUUAAACUUCGAGCGCUGGCGUUCAUCCUGGAGGCUGCGCAGUGGGAACGAGUGGCCCGAAAACAUCCACUUUCACCUCGGAGAUCUCAUAAACGCCGUCCCCUUGCUUGCUGGGCAGAGCUUCAAUUCCGUGGCUCUGGAUAUGAUUAACCCUCAUCUGGCUUUACCCACAGUCGUCCCUCAUCUCCAUACAGGAGGUGUGUGCGCCAUCUAUCAGGCCAACAUUACACAGAUCAUCGACUUGAUGGAAGGGCUGCGCUGCUCCGCCCUUCCUCUGGUGUGUGAACGCAUCAUCGAGGUGCAGUACAGGGAUUGGCUGCUUGCGCCGUCGCUCAAGAAAGACGGCUCUUUCAAUCAGCGAAAAACAUCGCCAGGUGAAGAAACCACAGAGAGCAACAACGAUGAAGGAGGACAUGAGAGUCCAGUACAGUUCCCGUUCGGGAGCAUCCCGUACAUCGCUCGACCGCAUCCCGAACAGAACGGACACACAGCGUUCCUUGUGAAAUUGAGAAAAAUAUCCAGAUAGCUUGUGUAUAACUUCAGCACCCGUCACGACCCUGAAGGAAGCUGAUGAUAAAUCAAGGCUUACGUUUACAAAUUAUGCUUUUGGUUGUUUUGCAAUAAAUCUGUUCAACAAA